AUAUAUAUAUAUAUAUAUAUAUAUACACACACAUACAAGCUGAUGCCUAUUCAGUAGUGUGUUUAUUAUCUUGUGACGAGCACUCAUUUAGCUGAAGAGCAAUGUCUGCACCAUCAGCUGAAAUGAUGGAAACGCCAGGAGGUUACCCCUUUGAAGAAAUUGACUACGUGGACAUUGAUGUUGAAGAGGUAGUUGGAAGAGGGGCCUUUGGUGUCGUCUGCAAGGCCAAAUGGCGAGGAAAAGAUGUGGCCAUUAAGACAAUAGAAAGUGAAUCAGAAAGAAAAGCAUUCAGUGUAGAGCUUCGACAAUUGUCUCGUGUAAACCAUCCCAACAUCGUGAAGCUGUAUGGAUCCUGUAAUAAUCCAGUUUGUCUAAUAUUGGAAUAUGCUGAAGGAGGUUCAUUAUACAGCGUGCUGCAUGGUGCUGAACCUUUGCUCUAUUAUACGGCUGCCCAUGCUAUGAGCUGGUGCUUUCAGUGUUCCCAGGGAGUAUCCUACCUCCAUGGAAUGAAACCAAAGGCUUUAAUUCACAGAGACCUCAAACCACCAAAUCUUCUGCUUGUGGCUGGUGGAACAGUUCUGAAGAUCUGUGACUUUGGAACAGCCUGUGACAUUCAGACACACAUGACCAACAGCAAAGGGAGUGCUGCUUGGAUGGCACCGGAAGUUUUUGAAGGCAAUAAUUAUAGUGAGAAAUGUGAUGUGUUCAGCUGGGGGAUCAUUCUGUGGGAGGUAAUAACCCGCAGGAAACCCUUUGAUGAAAUCGGGGGGCCUGCCUUUCGCAUCAUGUGGGCUGUUCACAAUGGUACUCGGCCUCCACUGAUCAAAAACCUCCCCAAACCCAUAGAGAGUUUAAUGACUCGCUGCUGGUCAAAGGAUCCCUCACAGCGCCCCUCCAUGGAGGAGAUUGUCAAAAUAAUGACACAUUUUAUGCAGUAUUUUCCAGGAUCUGACGAGCCACUUCAGUAUCCUUGCCAAAAUUCCGAUGAAGGACAGAGCAACUCGGCUACCAGUACAGGACCCUAUGUGGAUUACACCUCCACAAACAGUAGUAACAUGAGUGAUAUAAAUGUGGAACCAGGAGACUUCCAGGCCAAUGCUACCAAUGACACUAUCAAGCGAAUUGAAUCAAAGUUUGCACAGCAGUUUAAACACAAGGGGGAUUCGGGUCGUAUGACUCUGCCACUGUCUCGAGGUGGCAGUGUGGAAAGCCUGCCAGAGGUCAGAGGCAGGCCUGUUACUUCUGCAGAAAACAAGAGGAUGAGCGCUGACCUGUCUGAACUGGGUCCAAGGAUACCGUUUGGAAGUACAGCACGCCCCAAGCCUAAACGAGGCCACCGUAAAACUGCUUCUUUUGGCACCAUUCUGGAUGUUCCCAAGAUCUUCAUAUCAGCAAGCAGUGAACAGCAGAGACGGAGAUCUGUUCAGGACCUUCCGGGAACUGGGACAGAUUCCAGUCAGGGGAGCAGAAACAGCAGCCGCUCAUCCAGUCCCAGUGUGAGGAUGAUCACACCUUCAGAAAAAGUAGCCAGGAGGUCAGCUGAUGACUCUUCAGAUACUAAUGGUUCAGAUAAUCCCAUCCCAAUGGCGUACCUUACAUUGGAUCACCAAUUGCAGCCACUUGCUCCUUGUCCAAACUCCAAAGAAUCCAUGGCAGUAUUUGAACAACAUUGUAAAAUGGCACAGGAAUACCUGAAAGUCCAAACAGAAAUUGCAUUGCUGCUACAGAGAAAGAAUGAGCUAAUAGCUGAACUGGACCAGGAUGAAAAAGAUCAGCAGAACACGUCACGCCUGGUACAAGAACACAAAAAACUACUGGAUGAAAACAAGAGUCUUUCCACGUAUUUCCAUCAGUGCAAGAAACAGCUGGAGCUCAUCAGAGCCCAGCAGCCGAAGAGACAGGGCACAUCAUGAUGCCCGGGACGAGGCCUUCGCUGUCCCAGAGUCAUUCAGCAGAUAAAUGGACUGCUCUGCUUUUAUAAACUACCUUUUACAAGUGACUUGUUUUAAGGUUGAUUGGUGUGUUCUGGAAACCUAUACAUCUGCAACAGCUUUUCACUUAUUUUAAUGAACUAUUCAACAAGGGGUUAAAAAACAUUGUUUGUAUGUUUGUGACCGGGGUCAUCCAAAAAUGUUUAUUGAACUGUAAGAGACCAAUGAGCUACUGUGUGUAAGCUUGCUGCAUAUGCAGUAACUGGGCUGGGGGAUGAAAGCAAGUUCACCAAUGCAGCUGGGUUUCUUUUUUAUAUUAUUAUUAUUGGUAUUAUUACUUUUUUGUUGUACAUUUGGAAAUGGAGUAGGCGUUGACAGAAAAUCCGUAUUUCAUAUUCCCAUUUAGACAAAGUGCAAGUUUGUGUGCAGACCACCAGAUGGUGUUAUAGAAAUAUCAUAUUGGAAAAUUUGCAAUAACUUAUUUGAAUAUUCAUGUUUUCUGUCCGCCCCUUGGUACAACUAAUAGGGUGUAUAUUUAUUACUUAUUUUAAAGUAGUUGGUUUUCACAGCUUUAUUGUUAUUCUGAUUAUUUCCUAAAUGUCCGGUUGAAAAUUGUUUAGCCUGAGUUUUCCAUGCAUUUAUUUUAUGAAAAUCAAACAAAAUGCAUAGAUUAAAAGAAAAAAUAGUAAUAAUGACAUGCACGACCUGCUGCUACUAGUUAAUCUGUUUUGUGGAAAAGAAAGUGGUUCCAGAAGUGUUACACUUUUAGGGGUGGAACAUGACACACUGGCAGUGUUUAAAGAGGUAGAACAGUGUAUCCACACACUGAACGUCAUUGGGGGGCUAGAGGGUUUUUGCACAGAUUCAGUGUGAAAAGAUGGUUACAGAUUUUAGGUUAUCUGAAAAUGUCAAAGUACCCACAUGCUGCCUUACAGUUUUAAAUGAAUGAAGAAGUGCAGUUAGUUUGUGCCUCAAAUUUAGAACAUGAUAGUCUGACUCCCUAUUUGGAGCAGCGCAAACCUAAAUUCAAAGGAAAUGGAAGGUUUUUUUGUUUUUUUUUUAAAGCUAUGUUUCAGAAUUGAUUCCAAGUUGUUGAAAACGAUUCAACAUAAUCCUACUUCAAACAGGAAUUUCCUCCGAGCAAUUAUAGGUCAGCUUAGAAACCAAAAACUCAAACUCUUUAUACCAGAAGUGCUUGUACAUGUGGGUCAUAAUUUGAAAUGGAAACUUGACAUUACCAUUAACCAGCUAAGCAAAUGUGAGUUUUAGAAUGUCUUUGAAACGUGCUAAAACAAUGGCCCUUUUUUAUGGGUUUUUCAGUAACGUAAAGUGCCAAAUUCUGUUAAUAAAACGUUGCUAUGGCUAGACUUCUAACUGUCAGCAGGAGGUCAAAUCAGGAUAAUACUGCAAAGUAAUGAUGUCAUUAUUUAUUUUUUUAAUUCUACUUGGGUCACCUGUAUUCAGUAAAUGCACACACAUGAGAAACUGCACCCUGAUAAAGUUAGGAGCACGAGGCCUGCCUUUUUAUUCAAAUACUGUAACUGUAAACAUACUGUAACUUGUAUUCAAUUCAACGUUCAGCAAUAUUUACCAAGCUUUACAUUUUUUUUUUUUUUUUUUUUUUAAAUCGAAGCAUUUUGUUUAUGUUGUACUUUAUAAUAAUCUGGGUCGCAGAGGUGGGUUGUUUUUCUAGAUUUGUCUGGUUUGCAUGUGUUUUCAGCACCUGUCAUGGAUUUGGUUGUAUAUGUUGUCAGUACAUUCUGUGUAAAAUAUGGCAUAACUGACGUAUUUCAUGUUUCAAGCUGUAAGCUAUGUGGUUUGGACCACAAAUGCUUUUUUUUUUUUUUAGGUUUUAAUGAGUUCAGUUUUAAAUCUGUUUACUAUGUACAUAAAAUGAUUAAAAUCAUUGAUUUCUUAAGAUAUGGGGAUGAAAAUGGUGACACUGUACAACAAAGGAACUAUUAUGAAAUCAAAUAAAUAAAUAAAACAAA